GGUCGUAAAUUGAAAACUUCUAAGACGCGAAUCAAUUAAAAUGGCAGCGAAUGUUUCGAUACCAUCGCGCUCCAAGGAAUCAACGGAUUCUAAAAGUGAAAGAAAGACCAACAUAAGGGCACCUUACGAAAAGGAAGAAACUGAUUUUAAUCUUUGUCCUUUUGAAUUAUUAUGGUCUUUUGGGACAAAUUCAGAUACACCUAUAAUAAAUUUAACCACAAAAAAUCGUACGAUCAUCGCUUAUGCUUGUUCGCAUGCUAUAAUAAUCUACAACUAUAAGACGAAAAACGCGAUAAGUCUUCAAGGUCAUAAGAAUACGGUGAAAACUUUAUCGACAUCGAAGGAUGGAAAAUGGUUGAUGUCCGCAGAUUUUGAGAAAGAUUGUGUAACUGUCGUUUGGGACACCGAAACUGGGUUUUGUAGUUGCUAUUGCUAUUGUUAUUGCAGUGUACCAAUUUCGACUUUAUUUAAUCCGCAUGGUGAUAAAGGAAUGACCGCUGCUAAAAUUAGCCCAAACGCUAAGUAUAUAGUAACUGUUGGAAACGAAUUUCACCAAAAAGUUCAGUUUUGGCUAUGGACGUAUGGGAAAGAUCAACCUGAUGCUUUUACGGAGUUAACUGAACUUUUUUCAAAUAGAAUAAAGGAAAUAGCUUUCAACGAAGACUGUUCCGAGGAGUUUGGUCUAACUGCCGAUUACUGCGUUGCGUUCCUUAAAUGGGAGCAAGAUGAAUUGAAAUAUUACAUACCAAAAAUUUUGGGUAACGUACGACGAUACGGGAUCUUGAAUUGCUCUUGUUACAUUCCUAAAACACAACGGGUAUUAACGGCAACGACAACGGUAUUGUUUUCACAUCUUCUUUAUACUUGUUAUUCCAUUUUGUUUAUGCUCUCGCAAAGUUAUUACACAUACUUAUAUAUAAUCUACCUAUAUGUGAAGAUUGCAACUUGCAAUUUGAUCUUUGUUAUAAAGAUUGAUAUUCGAUAUUUAUGUGUAGGAUACGUUCUGGUUUGGGGCGCUUUUGUUGAAAGACAGAAAAAUAAGAGUAAAGAUCAGAGUGCAGUUAACAACAAGGAAAAGAGACACAUCAAGUCUGUGCAGUUAGAGAAGAACAGUAUUAUGGUGAUAUUAUGUCACGAUGGAAGGAUAGUAACAGGAACGUCAGAAGGGCGCAUCAGCUUUUACGAUCUUGAUUUAAAAAUACUCUACUGGUGUCAACAUAAACUUUUGGAUUCUAUUCGAUCGAUAAGUUUCGAUCUUUCGUCCACGUUAUUAGCUCCUGGAUCUGCGGUCGGUGAAUUUAAACUCGAAUCUGACGAAGAAGAAGAUUUCGAGAACGAAGAAGAAAUGGAAGAAUACUCGGAAAUUAAAUUAGGAGAUAAUAUUAACGAGAGAAAAAUGAAAUAUAUAGAAAAAAUAGAAUCGAUGAAGUAUCGUGAUCAAGUUCCAUCGACGAUGUCUGUACAUUUGGAAGAAACAUUGAAGAAUUACAAUAAAGAUCAGCAAGCAUUUACAAAAUUACCUCACGCGCCUACCGAUGUUACUGUCGAAGGUGCUCCUUUUUAUAUCGAAAAUUUCAUUAUCGAAUCUGGCAAGGUUUUCAGAAAAUUAAUAUUAAAUGGAAUUCAUAUCCAAAAGUUUUGUAAUAUUUUUCGUAAAGGUUGUUUGAGUGGAAUAGUUGCGUUGAUAGAAAUUCCUACGUUAAAGUGUCGAUUUAUCUUUCAAGAUCAGAACUUUGCGAUAACCAGUUUAGACGCGCAUCCUCGAAGCAAUUUUAUAGUCACCGGUAAUCUACAAGGUUUCGUCUCUUUAUACGAUUAUGAGAGACAUAAGCGUAUCGUACGCAGGAAAACCCCACCUCUUCCAGAUUUUAAUAUACUAUUGGAUAAGCAAGCAAAGAAAGGAGCUAUAACUUAUGUCACAUGCCCACAGAGCCACGAGAAACUAAUCGCUGUUACAGCAUUGAAAUAUUCCCCGAUAGGUAAUUUACUGGCGUGUGGCCUUGAAAAUGGAGCCCUUUGGAUGUUGCAUCCUCUCACUUUAGAACCUCUUGAUAAAAAUCCUUACAAACAUUCCACGGAAUCGAUACUUAAAUUGGCUUUCACAGAGUGCGAAGAAUACAUGGCUUAUGCGGAUAACGCACUAGUGGUAGCGGUAUUUAAAAGAAUAGAUGAUUCGCCAAGCGGUUCCUGUUUAUGGGAUUUUAUUGGAAAGUAUCAUUCUCAUACUGCAAAAAUAAGAGAUAUACUUUUCGGGCCAGCUACUAUCGAGAGCGUUGUAUAUCGUUUUUUUUCGGUAGGAGAAGAUCGCAACCUAAUUGAGUACGAUCUUAAAAAUAGUGGGCCAUAUCCUUUCCCUGGUUUGCAGAUAAUGAACACUUACCAAAUUGAAUGUGAAGCUAUUCCUCUUUGCCUCGCCUGGUACCCUAAGUUGGGCGUCGAAGGAUUUCUGAUGUACUCUAAUUCCGAAUACAAAUACAGAUUGCUAAACGAUAUAAUGAAAACAAUUCGAGGAACAUUUUUGGGACCGCUUUGCGAUACUCCGGUUAAGCAUUUCAAAGUAAUAUCUGGCAAAGAAUAUAAAGCUGGUAAAUACAUGGUAUUUGCAACUAAUAAGGAAAUAGGUCUUCAAAUACUUCCUUUCGAUGGGAAUCCUUACAAGACUUUAGGAAUGAUAGGGCACCCACGCAAGGUAAGAAGCGUCGUGUACAAUGUACACGAUUGUUUUACUACGUUACAUCGUAAUACGAAAAAAUCUAUCGAUCCUGGAUAUGAAUUUAUGAUAAAAGCUAAUUUUUCGCUGAUUUUGAUAUAUCGCUAUAUAGUCAGUAAUAUUUGCCUUAGCAAUGAUGGGAACAUUCUAUUCACUUUUGGUCAUAAUGAUCCGUGCACACUGAUGUGGAAAAUAAAAUGCAGUUACUGCUCCUACCGUUUAAUAUCGCUACUUACUACAUUCACUACUAUACAAUAUAGUUUUUACAAUACCAUAUCAUAUGUCUUUCUUAUAAUCAGGUCUGUCGAUGUAUUAGCGCAUUUAGGAGGUAAAGGGCUUGCACCGUACUAUUGUCUGAUAGAUGGCGGUGAAAAAGGUUGGCUUAUCAAUGAAAUGAAACACCUGUUUUAUUAUGCUCAAAUCUUACAUCAAGGCGAGAAUGUAAUAACUCCCAGAUUAAUAUCCGACAAAGUGAGCACUAAAGAAGUACCGAAUCUCAUGCGCGCCGUUGGAUAUUAUCCCAGCAACGAGGAGAUAGAAAUCCUUAUGGGUGAAAUCUCGUACAGAGAUUACGCGGAGACCGGUCAUUUGGUCGAAGAAAUUAAAUUCGAAGAUUUUGUCAAAUUUUAUAUAAAUCAUCGGCCAGCUUUCGGAAUUUCUCUGCAUCAAAUACAAGAAGCUUUCCAAGUCUUUGCAAAUUCAGAUCAAAUGCCCGCUUCGCAAGCGGAGAAUCCAGCAUUAACUCGAGAACAGUUUAUGAGAAUAUUGCUUGGCGAAGGUCCUCCUGAGUUUUCUAUACAAAAUGGCAUACCUUUUGGAGAACCAUUAAAAAUUCAAGAGGCAUUUGCAUACAUGAGGUUUCUUGUUGGUUUUAACGAGAAUUUGGAUGAAAUAUAUAAUGAACGAAACGAAAAAAAAUCCGCAUCCUUUGAUUUUACGUUCUUACCAGAGUUUAGGCUCGCCGAAAGUAAUGUAUUAUUAUUUAUAAUACAGAGAAUAUCUUACAAAGAUUUCAUCGCGGACAUCAUGGGUAUUGAAUUGCCGGAGGAAACGAGGGCUGACGAUGAUUAAUUAAUCUGUGUGCCAUUAUUUGCAUUGCUGGCACAUUAACGUCGAUUAUUAUUACCAUACUAAUAUUAUUACCAUUACAAUGUAUUGCGACUUCCUAUUAAACAUGUACAUGAACAUUAACGUAUAUUAUGUCAAUUCGAUUCUUUCUUAAAGCGUUAAAAAGGAAAUCAAAAUCGUUUUACCGAUUAACAGACUCAGUUACGAAUUUUGUUCAAUGAUGAAAUUGGUCAGAGAGUACGAAGGAGACGAGGAUAAGUUCAAUCAGUAAACAGGUAUCUUCCUUUUCCAUCAACUCUGACCGAUGAUACUUUACUUUCUUUUCUUUUUUUCUCUUACACUGGUAGAUUAAAUUACGGCUGAUUUCGUGUACAAAAUAAAAUAAUUUUAAUAUAAUUAA